AUGUUGUAUUCGCGCACCAACUUACAGCUCCCGCCUCCAAUGCGCAGCUACCUACCCCAUCUCCCCAAGUCAUUGGUGAACGAAAGUAUGUCAGCUACAACCACUGUACAAACGAGUCGAGAGGCAGAGGUCGGGUUCGAACUACGGACCUUCCGGUCAGUAAAUUCGCGCUCUAACCACUUGGUCCAUCCCGCGCCGUCUUUUCGAUCUGUCAGCCUGUCUGUCGGAUCGAAGCGCUCUCUCACAGAUAUCGAGUAUACGGAAGAAAUGACUAUUUUAGGACCUGACGGCAUCGUGAUGCAGGCACCGAAAGAUUGUUAUUUAUUCUCAGCAAAUAUACGCAUCUGCGCAUCAACUGGGUUUUCACCGGAGACUAUUGAAUCUCUGGUUUAUGAUAUUCUUCAACUGAAUGUGCUGCACAAAGACCGCCUCAUGUUCCAGUUUGAACCAUAUUCGAGAUAUUCGAGAUUCGAUACUCAUGAAGAAAACUACGCACAAGGUUGCUGUCGAAGAGUAUUCAGCAAACUUCCCUGUAUAUUCGGCCAUUCAAUCUCGAUAUGCUGGUCUCAAGAAGAAACAAAUCAAGUUGCCACUCAUAUGUGGAUGCUGACAUGUCUGUAUCGCACCCUCUUGGUGCCUAGCUGCCAUCCCACCCGAAGGAAGCACGAGGGAUGGGAUACUACGAGGUUACCCAAGCCUAGACAGGGGAAAGAGAUAUACAGAGGUUGGGUUCGAAGCGCGGACUUGCCUUAUCUUCGUGAUGCGCCCCUGGCCAUAGCCCCACCACUUAAAGUAGCCGUGAUCUUGCGAAUGCCUCAACCACGUAAACAGACGGACGAAAGUUUUGUCCGCACACACUCCGACGCCCGAAUAAUUCACCGACCCAUUCCCGUGACAGCCGCUCCAAUAGGCAUCUCUCCUUUUGAACUUGUACCUCCACGCAACAUGCCGACCCGUCCCAAGAGUGAAGCAAUCGACAGUACUACGCCCCCCAGUCACUGGUUUCACGGCAAUAUCAGCCGUGAGGAUACUGAACGCCUAUUAAAACAUCACAGCCAUAAUGGCACCUUCCUCAUCCGCUACAGCACUUCCACGCAUAAAUAUGUUCUAAGUGUGAUAUACAAUCAGAUGCUCUACCAUUAUCCUAUUGAAGAAUUACCAGAUGGAUUCUAUCAGGUGAACGGAACAAACGCCAAAUACCUGGGAAUCGAUUUGCUCGUCUCCGAGUUUCGUCGUGCGAACAACUGUAUCGUGUGUUCUUUGACGAAACCCGCACCUGGAACUCGCCCUCCACCACAUAUCACAGUUUACGGGACAACAAAUGACUUGCAUCAUGCUGUGCGAAAAGCAAAUCUGAAGGGUGUGCGAGAUUUGUUUACUCGUGUCGCAUCAUCGAUCGGAUCGAUCAGUUUGUCGGAAUAUGUGAAUGAAAAAUCAGCUGAUAGUGGAGCCACGCCACUGAUUGAGGCGGCCAAGACAGGGUCAAAUGAUAUUGUUCGGCUAUUGUUAGAGCACGGAGCUUUGGUCAAUCUGCGCGACUGCGGCGGUUUCACCGCAUUGCACCGAGCCUGUCAAAAAAGCUUCGCCCAUGUUGCCGAAACUUUACUCAGAUUAGGCCGUGCCAAUCCUCAGAUAAAAUGCCCGUUUUCUGGUAACACAGCCUUACACGAGGCUGCGAUGCUUGGCCACGCAGACUGUGUCAACUGUCUACUGAGAUUUCAUGCCGCUCCUUGGGGCCGCAAUGCUGAGGCUGAAAUGCCGUUUGAACUGGCUCUGCGGUACGGCUUCGCGGAUUUGGCCGCGGCGCUUGCCGGCUAUAAACCCACACCACCCUUGACUACUCAGGCCGACUGGUAUCAUCCAAAUCUGUCCAAAGCAGACACUGAUCGAGUCUUUACCAACUCAGGCGCGACCAAGGACGGUGCAUUUCUCAUUCGACGUUCCUCACAGUCUGAACGCAAAUUCGUCCUGGUUCUCUACUACCAACGACAGACACUCAAAUAUCAGAUCGAAGUGGUCGACUUCUCAUUUCAUAUGGACACGAAAGAAGCGUACUUCAUUGACAAGGGCCCGUUGCACUUAUCACUGGAACACCUUGUUGAACACUAUAGUCGGUUUGCUGAUGGCAUCCCGGUGCGAUUGCACUACGCCGUGUCUCCAUCUGGCAUGGUGCUGAAUAUUGAACAACUUGUCCCACCCGGACUGGAGAAGCGUGGACGGGAGUUGAAAAAGUGCGAACCAUCUACCGGGGGAACAGAGGCUUGGGCACUGAGAACUAUCACAACGGGGCCACAUGGUGGUCAUAUGGGAGCGCCGCUUGCGCUGCCCAGUGUACGCUCCGGGAAUCCGAAGCAAAAUCGCAGCAAGAAUGGUAAAAAUCUAAGUACUGGUUCGGGAAUGUCUAACGCUUCUGUUUGCGCGGGCGGCCUUCUGCCUGCCACAGCCGGUUUACACCUGACCUCCUCAGGAAGUUCGUGCGCCAGCACUGGUGAACUACGCCUUGUUCCAAGCGACGCGGUCAUCCUCUUGUACCGGUUAGGUGAAGGGGAAUUCGGUGAGGUUUAUCGGGGUCAAUUGCACUUGGAUAAUGGAACCACUCAGGAGGUUGCAGUGAAAGUCCUUGUCCAGCCAUCUCAACGCCUCGAUUUUCUGAAAGAAGCCACAAUCAUGAUGCAGCUUUCACACCCACACAUCGUCACCAUCUAUGGAGUGUGCGAAAACAAGCGUCUGAUGAUGAUUUUGGAACUGGCUGAAUUGGGCAGUCUUCUGGACUAUCUGCUCGACUACCCCGAACGAUGUCAGCUACCCGAGCUGUACAACUGGGCUAUGCAGAUUGCCAGUGGAAUGAGCUAUCUUGAGUCUUCAGGGUUCGUCCACCGCGAUCUUGCCUGCCGAAAUGUCCUCCUUUCAAAUCAGUCCUGUGCAAAAAUAUCCGACUUUGGACUCUCACGAGCCGUCGGUGUUGAAUCAGAUUACUACAAAGCAACACAACGGGGCAAAUGGCCCGUCAAAUGGUACGCACCUGAGUCAAUAUACUACAAGACUUUCAGUCAUGCCAGCGAUGUGUGGUCCUUUGGUAUUUGUCUAUGGGAAAUGUUCUCUCUCGGUGAGCAUCCCUACGCGGACCAGGAUAGUUUUGAGGUAUUGCGUCAAAUCGAAGAGGGAGUACGUCUCCCGCGACCACGUCUGGCGACGGAUGAAGUGUUUGCGGUGAUGCACGACUGUUGGGCCUACAAUCCUGAUGCCAGACCCACAUUUAGCCAAUUACUGAUAAUCUUCCAACAUUUGGCCACGAAUGUAUAUGAAAAUGUUGAGCCACCAGAGGUUGGGGCAUUAAACUUGAAUGGGGCUCGCAAAACAAUCGCAGUAAAUGGUGUUGUGCCCCCUUCAUCGUCUACUGCCGCCAGCGGGAUGAACAUGGCGGAUGUGCGCGGAGCUCCGGGCUCCACCCGUCUAACAUCCGCCGAUGUGGCUCACACUAAUGGCACCUGAUACGCCUGGCAUCAUUAGCUCCAAAGUUCCACGACAUAGGCUCGCCUACUACCUCCAUGAAAUCAUCUGCAUCUGGAGCACUUUCCAAGACUCUUUCUGCACGAUCCCGAAGCAAUUAUGUUUUCAUUUUUAAUCACUGUGUAUCGUUCACCUUGUAUUUUGCGCAACUGUAGAGUUUUUCUUUCGCAUGUACAUUCAUCCAGAACCUUUUGUUUCAAUCUUUCCGCUCACGUGACUCCAGUCCAGUCUGGGUGUACUUUCCUUCUGGUCUGGGGACGAUUUCAUGGCAUUUGUCUCAAUCAAUGCUUUUGUGUACAAUCAUCAUUAUUUCGACUAUUUUCAGUGAGUUCAUGUCUGGGACAAUGUACUCAUUUUCCAAUGCAUUUGAUUUUCAAACGACUGACUAAUCAAGAAAUUUCGAAUUUCCGGAAGGACGGUCUCAUCUCCACGUUUGGAUUUCUGAUCUCUUUUUUUCGUUUUCUCUGAAUCUAUUCCCUUAUUUUGUGACCAAUUGACUCGAUGGUUUACCAGUGGUCUUGUAACUCUACCGUUUACUUAUACGGUUAGUUCGAACCGUCUUUGGUUAAUAUGGCGGUGUGCUUAAAGCGAAGUUUUGAUUCGCUCUUGUGAUAUAGUCAAGUGGCUUAAAUCCGUACUCCUCUGUAGAGAUCAUCUGAAGGGUCUGGCCAGAAAUGGUCGUCUUUUGGAGGGAGAUGAGAAAACGAAAAAGUGUAUUGAUCGUGGUGUUGAUUGUGGAUCCGUCUCCCUGGACAGCUGAUACUUUUUAGUCGCCAGUUCCUUGAUUUUUCCCUGCAAGCCGCUCCAUUUUCUCCUUGUGUUAGUUUAUUCUAUGGUUUCUCUUUUAUUGACCAUCGCAUCAUCGACUUCGUCUGGCUAGUCUGAGAUGCCCUCAGUUCACAGCGG